GGCGGCAACUUGCUUAAUCCCCACCAAAUUCCUCAAAACGACACCGCCCCACAACUCAAAACGACACAACCAUAUUAGAGCGCUGCAUUAUUGUUUGAAAAGUUGUUAUGGAAUUGCCGCUGGUCCUCAACACUCUCCACCUCUCCUCUUCUUCUUCUUCUUCAAUCCUCUUCCAUCGUUGAUCCAUUCGUACCCGUAAUUCCAUUCCAGAGCGCACACCAAAAAAAAAAAAAAUGAAUCUGAAAACCAUGGCGCUCCAUUCCCACACUACUCACCUCCAAACCCAUAAGCGCUUGUCUCACCCUUCAAUCUUGUACAACCCAUUUCACACCUCUCACCGCAGCUCUGUUCGUUACGCCGUUAAGCCGCGAAGUUUUGGUGCUUUGGUGGCGAAAAGCGAGCGUGGCAAUGGACGGCUGAUCACGGCGUGCAUUGCUGGCGGUAAUGCUGACGCAUUUGAAGAGGAAGAGGAGCAAGUGGUGGUGGAGGUCGUGGGUUCGAAGAAGGAGGAGUUGGUGGAGCAAAGCCUGUGGAAGCAGGUGAAGGACAUUGUCAUGUUUUCGGGUCCGGCCACCGGGUUGUGGAUUUGUGGGCCGUUGAUGAGUCUCAUCUCCACCGCUGUUAUUGGCCAGGCUAGCUCUACUGAGCUUGCUGCUUUGGGUCCGGGAACAGUCUUCUGUGAUAACAUGAAUCUUUUGUUCAUGUUCCUUUCGAUUGCGACUUCUAAUAUGGUUGCCACUGCGCUUGCCAAAAGGGAUAAAAAGGAACUGCAGCAUCAGAUAUCUAUCUUGCUCUUCAUUGGAUUGACUUGUGGAGUUCUGAUGCUCUUGUUUACACAAUUCCUUGGUUCAUGGGCGCUAACAGCUUUUGCUGGGCCCAAGAAUGUGCAUAUUAUACCUGCAGCAAGCAAAUAUGUUCAGAUUCGGGGGUUAGCGUGGCCUGCGAUUCUUUUUGGAUUGGUUGCUCAAAGCGCAAGUCUUGGCAUGAAAGAUUCAUUGGGACCUUUAAAAGCUCUGGUGGUUGCCAGUGUUGUGAAUGGCCUUGGUCAUGUAGUCCUAUGCAACUUGUUACACUAUGGUAUUACUGGUGCAGCAUGGGCAACAAUGGCAUCGCAGAUUGUUGCUGCUUGUAUGAUGAUUGAAGCUCUGAACAAGAAAGGAUUUAGUGCAUUUUCCAUCUCUGUUCCAUCACCUCGUGAAUGUCUGCAAAUAUUUGGGAUUGCAGGUCCAGUGUUUGUAACAAUGUUCUCAAAGGUGGCCUUCUACUCACUGAUGACAUACUUUGCUACUGCUAUGGGUACAAAUAUAGUUGCUGCUCAUCAGGUCAUGAUCCAAAUGUACGGGAUGUGUGUGGUAUGGGGUGAGCCUCUUUCUCAAACUGCACAAUCGUUUAUGCCCGAGUUAUUAUACGGAGUUAACCGAAGUUUGGAGAAGGCCCGAAUGCUGCUAAAGUCACUCGUAAUUAUUGGAGCUAUUCUUGGAUUGGCAAUAGGGGUUAUUGGGAUGUCUGUUCCUUGGUUGUUCCCCAAUAUCUUUACAUUUGACCUGAAAGUCAUACAAGAGAUGCACAAAGUAUUGUUUCUGUUCUUCCUGUCGUUAUCUAUUACGCCCUGUACUCACAGCCUUGAGGGCACAUUGCUGGCUGGACGUGAUCUUACCUUCAUCAGCUUGUCAAUGAGCAGUUGUUUUUCCUUGGGUGCUCUUCUACUGUUGCUUGUGAACAGCAGAGGAUUUGGUUUGCCAGGCUGCUGGUUUGCGCUUGUUGGCUUUCAAUGGGCUCGAUUUUUCCUUGCUCUCCGACGGCUUCUUUCUCCCAAUGGUAUGCUCCAUUCAGAAGAUCUGGGCUCGUAUAAAGUGGGGAAGUUGAAAGCUACUUAAUAUUUAGUUCAUUUCUACACACAUGUUAAUGAAAGAAGUAAGGGACUACUGAGGAAGCCACUUCCAUGGAUUUUGUCGAUGGUUCUCGAAUCAUGGAAUUUAGCAAAUGCGUCUAGUCUGGCUGCCAGAGAUCAGUGUUGUCAUCAUUCUUUAAUGUGUUCACAAUAUCAGAUAGAUCAAUGAUUAGUAUAUGUAAGGAAGUAAUUGAAGAUAAGUAGUUAUCUGCAAUUAAGAGAAUUUUUUUCCUGGAAUUUGCUAUUUUUGUGAUAAUUAGUGAUAUUAAUAUUGGAGAGGGAUUUGAACUUA